AUGCAAGACAACAACAACAACUAUGAUGAUGAUAAAGAUGUGUUUUGGGAUGAAUAUGAAGAUGAUGAGGAUAAAGAUGUUGUAGUACCUAAUGAAUUUGUGAAUGGAAAAGAUAUUGAAUCAGAUCCAUACACCUCGAGAAUGCUUUAUGAAAGUUCAAUGGACAUUAUCAAGGGAAGAGAACAACAAAAGAAUUUGAACAAUGCAAAUGGUACAGAUGGAAAUUAUGUUUAUAGUUAUUUACCAAUAUUUGGUGGAUCAAUUCUAUAUGCUUUAAAAAAUUAUGUCAAUGUUCAAGACCCUAUCAACGUUGGACGAAUUACCAAAGAUCACAUCUUUGCUGAGAAAUUAUAUAUUAACUCUAGAGAAAAUCAGAAAAAAUUUUGA